AUCACUUCAAAACUGGGGCGGAGAAAAGACGCUACAGUUACAAAAGAGGACUAGUUGCAAACGCUGAAGCAGAAAGUUUAGGAGGCCCAGCGGGUGUACCCAGGGAAGGAGAAAGUGCUAGGGCAGUAGGACUUUUUUCAAAUUUCUCUGCUUUGAGAUGAUGGACAACAUGGAAUUAAUUUCCUUAAUAGUGAUCACGGUCCUAGGCUGCGUUGCUCUUUUCUUAUUCCUCCAACGGAAGAAUUUGUGUAGACCCCCGUGCAUCGAAGGCUGGAUUCCUUGGAUUGGAGCUGGAUUUGAGUUUGGGAAAGCCCCUCUAGAAUUUAUAGAGAAAGCAAGGAUCAAGUGUGGACCAAUAUUUACAGUCUUCGCUAUGGGAAAACGAAUGACUUUUGUUACUGAAGAAGAGGGAAUCGAUGUGUUUCUCAAUUCCAAACAUGUAAAUUUUGAACUAGCAGUACAAAAUCCCGUCUAUCGUACAGCAUCAAUUCCAAAGAAUAUCUUUUUCACACUGCAUGAAAAACUAUAUUUGAUGAUGAAAGGAAAAAUGGGGACCUUCAACUUAUAUCAAUUUAUUGGGCCACUGACUGAAGAAUUACACGAACAAUUGGAAAAUUUAGGCACUCAUGGGACGAUGGACCUGAACAACUUAGUAAGGCAUCUUCUUUAUCCAGUCACGGUGAAUACACUCUUUAGUAAAGGUUUGUUUUUCACAAACAAGAGGAAAAUCAAGGAGUUUUACCAGCAUUUUGAAAUUUAUGAUGAGGGUUUUGAGUAUGGAUCCCAGAUUCCAGAAUGGCUCCUGAGAAACUGGUCAAAAUCCAAAAGGGGUCUCCUAGCACUGUUUGCGAAAAAUAUUCCAGAUAUAAAAGCAUACAAGUCUGCAAAAGACAAUUCUGUGGCAAUAAUGCAAGCUGUGCUGGAUAUUUUAGAGAUGGAAACAAAUGAACAAAGUCCAAAUUAUGGGCUGUUAACACUUUGGGCUUCUCUGUCUAAUGCUGUUCCUAUUGCAUUUUGGACACUUGCAUUUGUAUUAUCUCACCCUGAUAUCCACAAGGCCAUUAAGAAAGACAUAUCUUCAGUGUUUGGCACAGCAGGUAAAGACAAAAUUAAAGUGUCUGAGGAUGAACUGAAGAGACUCCUUCUAAUUAAAUGGUGUAUUUUGGAAGCUAUUCGUUUAAGAGCCCCUGGUGUCAUUACUAGAAAAGUAGUCAAGCCAGUUAAAAUUUUGAAUUACACUGUUCCUUCUGGAGAUUUGUUGAUGUUGUCUCCAUUUUGGCUUCAUAGAAAUCCAAAGUAUUUUCCUGAACCUGAAUUAUUCAGCCUGUAAGAACGUUGGAAAAAGGCAAAUUUAGAGAAGCAUGCUUUCUUGGACUGCUUCAUGGCAUUUGGAAGCGGGAAAUUCCAAUGUCCUGGAAGGUGGUUUGCUUUGUUAGAGAUUCAAAUAUGUAUCAUUUUAAUACUUUAUAAAUAUGACUGUAGUCUUCUGGACCCAUUGCCAAAACAGAGUGAUCUUCAUUUGGUGGGUGUCCCCAAGCCAGAAGGACAAUGCAAAAUUGAAUAUAAACAAAGAAUAUGA